AUGUUUUACGCACAUUUUGUGUUGGCCAAGAAAGGGCCCUUGGCCCGUAUAUGGCUGGCCGCUCAUUGGGACAAGAAAUUAACAAAGGCACACGUAUUUGAGACAAACAUAGAAAAAUCGGUGGAUGGUAUAUUACAACCGAAGGUUAAGAUGGCUUUGCGAACAUCCGGCCACUUAUUACUGGGAGUAGUACGAAUCUAUUCAAGGAAAGCCAAAUACUUACUAGCCGAUUGCAAUGAAGCCUUCGUGAAGAUCAAAAUGGCCUUUAGACCUGGAAUGGUAGAUCUGCCUGAAGAACACAGAGAGGCAGCUGUGACGGCCAUCACUUUGCCAGAAGUGUUUCAUGAUUUCGACACUGCUAUGCCUGAACUUAAAGACGUUGACAUUGAAGCACAGUUUAGUUUGAAUCAAUCUAGAGCAGAAGAAAUAACAAUGAGGGAAGAUUAUGGUAGUUUAUCUUUGGUUACGCACGAUCAGGGCUUUGGUGAUAUGAGUUUUGACGCUGAGCCACCAGAGUUGCUACGACAUGGCAGUGGCAUGGAACCUUCGUUAGAUCAAAGUCACAUGUUGUUUAGCGAUGGCCCAGGAAUAGAAACAGCAUUAGAACAAAAAGAGAAAGAGCCAGUUGCAGGAACAUCCGCUACAGCACAACCCAUGGACAUCGAUACACCCAUCAGAGAUGAUGGUUUUGGUGGUCAUCUCGGCCAGGAUAUCAUAUCGGGAGGUCUCUUUGAAGGUGGUUUAUUUGAUGAGGCUCCAAUGGGUGAAGUACCCGUUCCUGAGGUUAGUUCAAUAAAUGAGCAACCGGAAGCAGGCGCGCCUCCUGGAGCUGCUGCUUCCGUGCACGAUGACUCUGACGAAGAUAUGGGUGAUCAUUUUGGUGGUCCAGCUUCUCCGAUGGGAGGCAUGAGCUCUGACGGCUCGAGACCAGCUACGCCAGCUGCAGCUGGAGAGGAAAUUGAAGGAAGAAUAAGCGUUGCUAGCCGACGUUUUACACCAGCUCCGCCAGUUAUACCAGAAGAACAUGCCAUUGACAAUAUAGAAGAACCAGCACCUUUACAAGAUCAAACCACAUUAUUACAUGAUGAGGAAGAAAGCUUCGCGCUAGCUCCAAUUGACGCAUCCGCUUUGAAGGGAUUCACAAAAGCUAAGCGCAAGCGUAAACUCAUUGUCGAUGAAGUAAAAAAUAUUUCUGGCGAGGAAAUGAAGGCACAGCUAUCCGAUACUAGCGAUAUUAUCACAACGUUGGACUUGGCACCACCUACGAAAAGACUAAUGCACUGGAAGGAAACGGGCGGUGUAGAGAAGCUCUUCGCUCUGCCAGGAAGGCCUAUUCCGGCUCGUGUUCUAUUUAAAAAUUAUCAAAGGCAUUUGACGAGCAAGUCUUACGAUCAUGAAGAUUUCGGGCGACUUGGAAAUGAAGAAGAUGGAAUGUCUUUGGAACAAAUGAGAGAUGCUCCAGAUGCAGAAAUGUCCUCUUUCGAACAAAGUAUUCUCAAUAAGCGUACAGGACGAAAACGGAAAGCACCACUGGAUGAUGAGAUAAGGCAACCUCCUCAACCAGCCCAACCAACUCCAGACGUCAGUCAAUCGAAUGAAGCAGACAUUCCAAACAUAAUUGCACAACAGAAUCUAUCUUCAGAAUCAGCUAUACCACCCGAAGUAUCUUUACCAGCAGAACCAUCGGUUUCCGAUAUAAGCAGCAUUGUGCCUUCUGGGGAACCAUCAGAGGUUUUACCACCAAUUACCGAAACGCCUUUGCUCGGCUCGGAAAUGCCACAAGUCGCGCCAGGUGAGGUCAGCGCACACGAAGAGUCCCAAGUACCAUCAACGUCGGCACAGGAAGACGCGGCCACCACCGUACAAACAUCCGAUAUGCCGCAGAUGGAAAAUAUGGGUUACGAUCAAGCGCAACCGCAGGUUUCGUACAUGGGCUAUGACGAACAGCAUCCCCCAGCACAUACGCCUGGUGCAAUUUCCGAAAGAGGACCCGCUACACCAUGGAACCAUGAGGAUUACGAGUUUCCGCCAUCCGUGGGACCUCAAGAGGAACAACAAAUGGAUGAAACUUAUGAGCAGUUUGAAGAACGUGUUCUUAACAAAAGAGCAGCACAUAUGUAUCAUGUUAUUAAGAGCAAACUAGAUAUCAAAGAUAAAUUAACACUAUCGGAGAUGGCAUUCAAAAAUAAUCGCAAACAGGUUGCACAGAAAUUUUAUACGCUGUUAGUCCUGAAAAAGUUCCAAGUAUUAGAACUCAAUCAAGAAUAUUCAUAUGCUGAGAUUAUAGUGACAAAAGGACCAAAAUUCGAAAAUCCUGCGUUGUAAAGGUUUAUGCUCUCAAUUACAAAACUGCGCGUAUCAAGGAAGGACGUUGACACCUAUCUUUACACAAAUAUCAAAAUAACAUUCACAUUUUUUUAUAAAUCCUAAAUUAAGAUAGUAGGAUUUAUUGAUUUUCAACACUGAAUGAUUUGUGAGAAAUGAAAUAUCUGAUUUUUUUUAUUCCCUGUCUUGGAAAGAUGCAUAAUGAUAUUAUUGUGUAAUCAUUUUAAUCGCAUUGCGUUUCUUUUUUCAUACGUAUAAUAUAUAAAAUAUUGAUUACUCUUUACUUAAAUAAAUUCUUAUUAAUCUUAUUAAAUAUUUACUCCUAACUUGUACUCCUUAUUUUCCAAAAUGUCUUGUGAUUUUGUCUUGCAUUAUUCAUCAAUCCGAACAGGGUUUGUAUAUAAACAUAGCAAUAGUUGAAAAAUAUUUUAUGACAUAUGUAUCAUCAAUGACUUUUUAAGUCUAUAUAUUGCAAAAAGGUCCAAAACUACAGGUACACUCUUGACAUUAAUCAAUUUUGAUAUAAUUAUUCAUUUUCAUUUGAAAAUAUUUUGUAAUAAAAUAUUAAUGCAGUUAAAGAUU